AGCCACGCUUUUUUCCUCUCCCUGGAUUCCAGUGACAGUAAGGCGGAAGAAAGGAGGUUUUUACGCACUGGUUGAUGCACGGAGCCGCGCAUGAGCCAUGUGUGCGCUCAGAGUGGUGUUUUGCGGAACGCUCCGCAGGUUCUCUAAGCACCGUCUCAGAAUGACCAUCCCUCAUGACUCGGUAACGCCAUCCAGAGACUGCUGUCAGGCUGCCGGGAGCAGAAACACUCUGAGGUGGGAUCUGACUCCGGAGGAGAUCCGAUCCAUGACAGACGGUCUGAUAGACAGAGUUCAGAAGGUGUACGAUGAGGUCGGAUCUCUGAGCGUGGAGAACGUCUCUGUUGAAAACACUCUGAAGGUGCUGGCGGAUGUCAGGCUGGACUAUGCGUCGUCGCGGCACGUCCUGGACUUCCCUCAGUACGUUUGUCCUCGUAAAGACGUGCGCUCGGCGAGCACAGAGGCCGACAAGAAACUGUCCGACUUCGAUGUGGAGAUCAGCAUGAGGGGAGAUGUCUUCAAACGGAUCACUGCCUUACAGAAAAAACAUCAAGACGAUCUGUCUUGGGAGGAGAAGAGAUUCUUGGACAGACUUGUAACUUUGGGUCAGAGGAAAGGACUCCAUCUUUCUGAGGACAUACAGGAGGAAAUCAAAAGAACUUCCAAGCUCAUCAGUGAGCUCUCCAUAGAGUUCAACCAGAACCUGAACGAGGACGCCACGUUUCUGGUGUUUUCUGAGCAGGAACUGGGCGGCCUCGCCGACAGCUACCUCAACGGCCUGGAGAGGACGGCCGAGGGCCGCUACAAGGUGACGCUGGAGUAUCCUCAUUACUUCCCGCUGAUGAAGAGGUGUUACAACCCCGAGACCAGGAGGAAGAUGGAAAUGGCUUUUCACAGCAGGUGUAAGGAGGCGAACACGGCCAUCUUGGAACAGCUGAUACAACUCAGGGCAAAGGUCGCAGACCUACUGGGUUACGGCAGCCACGCCGAGUAUGUGCUGGAGAUGAACAUGGCCAAAAACCCCAGCAGGGUGUCCAGCUUUAUCGAGGCUUUCUACCAGCGUCUGAAGCCCGUCGGACUCAAGGAGAGGAAAUACAUUUUGUCUCUGAAGAAGAGGGAGUGCUUGAUGAAGGGCUACACGUUUGACCAGCAGAUCAACGCCUGGGAUUUGCCCUACUACAUGAACCAAGUGGAGCAGUGCAAGUUUGCCGUGAACAAGGACAAGCUGAUCGAGUAUUUCCCUCUGGAGGCGGUGACCGAGGGGCUCUUCGGCAUCUACCAGGAGCUGCUGGGCCUCUCCUUCACCGAGGUGGAGCACGCCGACGUGUGGCAUGAGAACGUGAAGCUUUACUGCGCCUGCGACGCUGAAACGGGGGAGCAGGUGGGGCAGUUUUACCUGGACCUUCAUCCGAGGGAAGGGAAAUACGGCCAUGCAGCUUGCUUUGGCCUGCAGCCGGGAUGCAGAGGGCCUGAUGGGAAACGGAGGCUUCCGGUAGCAGCUAUGGUGGCAAAUUUCACCAAACCGAGCAAAGGUUGGCCCUCGCUCCUCCAACAUCAUGAAGUGGAGACGUACUUUCACGAGUUUGGUCACGUCAUGCAUGAAAUCUGCUCUAAGACCACAUUUUCAGAAUUCAGUGGAACUCAGGUGGAGACGGAUUUUGUGGAGGUUCCCUCUCAGAUGCUGGAGAACUGGGUUUGGGAGAAGGAGCCUCUGAGGCGGAUGUCUCGCCACUACAGAGACGGUACGCCCAUCCCGGACCAACUGCUGGACAAACUCAUCGCUUCCAGAGUGGCCAACACAGGCCUGAUGAACCUCCGUCAGGUGGUCCUCAGUAAAGUGGACCAGACACUUCACUCCAGUAGAAGUUCAGACACAGCUCAGGUGUUUGCAAAGCUCUGCCAGGACAUCCUGGGGGUCCCUGCAACUCCAGGUACUAACAUGACGGCCAGUUUCAGCCACUUGGCUGGAGGAUACGACGGUCAGUACUACAGCUACCUGUGGAGCGAAGUUUUCUCCAUGGACAUUUUCUUCAGUCGCUUCAAGAAGGAGGGCAUCAUGAAUCCAAAGGUUGGAAAGGAGUACCGAAGAGUGGUUUUGGAGGCGGGGGGGUCUGUGGAUGGAAUGGAGAUGCUGAAGUCCUUCCUGGGACGGGAACCUCAGCAGGAGGCCUUCUUUGAGUGUAAGGGACUGGUUGGGUCGGAGGAAACACAAACCAUGUAAUCAAGGAUUCUGUCAUCUAUAGAAUAAACAUUCAGUCUAAAAUAAAAGGAUAAAUCUG